AUGCCUCGAGCGGAAGUCGGAACACCCAAGUACAUCGCCAACAAGAUGAAGUCCAAAGGACUUCAGAGGUUGCGGUGGUACUGCCAAGUCUGCCAGAAACAGUGUAGGGAUGAGAACGGGUUCAAGUGUCAUGUGCAGUCCGAGUCGCAUUUGAGGCAGAUGUUGGUGGUUGGGGAGAAUGCGGGGAGCCAUAUUGCGUCGUUUUCGCAUCAGUUCCAGUCUGAGUUUGUUGCCCUACUUUCGAGGAGGUUUGGAACGAAACGAGUGCUGGCGAACCGAGUGUACCAGGAGUAUAUCUCGGAUAAGCACCAUUUGCAUAUGAACGCUACUCGUUGGGUUACGCUUACGGAGUUUGUGAAGCACCUUGGGAGGUCUGGUAUUGCACGUGUGGACGAGACGGAGAAGGGGUGGUUUAUUGCGUGGAUUGAUAACAGCCCGCAGGCUCUGGCGAAGCAGGAAGCGUCAAUGAAGAAGGAGCGUGCUACGAUGUCGGAUGAGCAGAGAGAGCGGCAGCUUAUUGCGGAGCAGAUUGAGAGGGCGAAGGAGGAGAGUGGGGAUGCUGGUGCAUCGAGGGAUUCACCGCCGGAGGAGAGAGAGUUGAAGAGAGAUGAGGGGCAGGAGAAGGUUGUUCUCUCGCUGUCGAUGGCUAAACCGGCAGCGGCAGCGGCUCCUGCAGCGUCCAAUGGUCUCAAGUUGAACCCUCUCAAGACGAACCCGCUGAAAGUCAACCCACUCAAGGCCAACCCGCUGAAACGGCCUAAUCCUUUGAAGAGUGGUGGAUCGUCGUCGAAGGAGAAGGAGAAGGAGAAGGAGUCGCCUGAACCUGUGAAUGAGAAGAAACGGAGUGCGCCGAUGAGUGCGGCGGAGGCUUUGAUUCUGGAGGAGCAGGAGAGAAAGAGGAGGAGGAUGGAGAGGGAUAAUACUGCUUGA